GACGAUAACACAAGGCAAGGAAGGAAGAGAAAGAUAUAAUAGCAGCAGAGAGGUAUAGCGCCGUGGAGAAAAGAGAAAAGCCACUAUAUUACUAAUUACCAUUACAAUUCGAAUCAGAAUCAAUUUUUUCAGAGAAUUGAAUUACCCCAUUUCUUCCGAGAAAGAGAAAGAAACUCGAUCCUCUUCUUCUUCUUCUUCUUCAUUCUUCUCCCGCGCCGAGAUUCACACCUCAACCUUCGAUCUACCAUCUCCUCUCUUCUAUUUUCUCGGGUUUUCAAUUUGGAGCGAGAAGCUGAAAGCAUCUGCAGCAUGAGCAUCCAUAGCCCCGGUGAAGAGGAUAGCUAGGGUUUCGAGCUUCUAACCGCCGCGGUGAGAUUUCCAUGGGCGAUGGGGGAGUCGCAUGCAUGCCUUUGCAGUAUAUUAUGGACAGGUUACCAGAGAAGACGCAUUGCGGAGGCAAGAGUGGGAAUAAUAAUAACAAUGGCUUCAAUUCCAAGUUGUUUAAGUUUGCUGACAGCGACAGGAAGACGAUGAAGGGUAGGAAAGACGAGCCGGCAGCAGUGAGGAAGAGUGAGUUGGGGUUGGACAGAGUGAGCAAGAGGAGCAGCAACGAUUACGACUGUGAGAAUGUGCAGAAGGAGGAAGUGGAAGAGGGUGAGUUGGGAACUUUGAAGUGGCCAGGGGCAGGGACUGACCUUGAGAAUGGUGAGUUCGUGCCGGAGAACGGGGAGAUUGUCGGUGAUAGAUGGAAAACAGGGGAGAUGGAGAAGGGGGAGAUUCAUUCUGGGAAUUGGAGGAAAGAGGACGUCGAAAGAGGGGAGAUAACACCUGAGAAGGGUAGGAGAGGAGAAGCUGACAGAGAUGAAUAUGGGUCGUGGAGAGGUAUGGUGGAUGACAUCGAGAAGGGAGAAUUCAUUCCAGAUAGGUGGUAUAAGGGAGACAUGGGCAGGGACGAUUACGGAAGCAAUAGAGCCCGCAGGUUUCGUCCAGGGAGGGGCAGGGGAAGGGGGCGGAAAAUUGAACGCGAACGUACACCCCCUCCCGCCAGAUAUGCAAGUGAUGACUUUUUCCGAAAGAAUGAAGUCAACAGAAGUGGGGGUCAGCAUGCUAGAAAUUCUCCCAGGUGGGAGAGUGGACAACAGAGGAAUAUAAGGAUCAGCUCAAAGAUUGUUGAUGAUGAGAAAAAUGUACACAGCAACGGUAAGGACCAUGCCCAAGAUUACACUUCUGGUAGUCGCAUGAAGAGGCUCGGCAAUGAUUCUGACAUCUCUGACUGGAAGCAUUCUGCUGAGUUUUCUGGUUCUAAAAGCAGAAGGCUUUCUGAUGAUACCUAUCGCCAUGUUCACUCAGAGAACUUCUCUCGUCACUCGGUGGAGAGGUCUUACAGAAAUAGUAAUUCUAAAAAAGUUUCUGCAGAUAAGUUUUCUUCCAGAAAUCACGAAUCUUCUUUAUCUGCCAGACCAGCAGCUUAUGACAGGCAUGGGCGCAGCCCUGUUCAUUCUGAGCGGUCCCCGCGAGACCGAGGCAGGUAUUAUGAGCAUAGAGAUUAUGAUCAUAGAGAUCGCGAUCGCACUCCGGUGCGUCGAUCCCCCUGUGGUCGUGAUAAAUCUCCAUAUAGCAGGGAGAAAUCCCCCCAUGGCCGGGAGAGGUCCCCAUAUACGAGGAACUGGGAUAGAAGUCGUCAGCAUGAUCAUAAAUUGAGAAGUCCAGCACGUGCUGAGCACUCGCCACAAGAUCGAGGUUGGCGUCAUGCUCGAAGGGAUCGGACUCCAAAUUUAGUAGACGGAUCCCCCCUUGAUCGGACUAGGAAAGACAUUCAUCAAGAAACAAGUUGUAAAGCCUUAUCAAGUGAAAAAUACAACUCCCCAAGUAGUUAUAAGGAUCAUGAAGAUAAGCACAUUCAAAGGGAGUCAAAUUGUUCAGGUACUGAAUCUCAAGGUGAAGAAAGAAAUGUGCAAAGUACCAAUGAGGCUAUUGAGAACGAAACCUUCAGUGAACUUGUAAAGGAACAGAAGUCCAGCAGCCCAACUGUUAGCUACAAAGAAUCCCCUCGCCUUGAGCCUCCUCCUGAGGAUCUGCCUUCAAUGGAAGAAGAUAUGGACAUUUGUGAUACCCCUCCACACGUCCCUGUGGUGACAGAUUUGUCAUCAGGGAAAUGGUUUUACCUUGAUCAUGUAGGUGUAGAAAAUGGUCCUGCCAAAUUGUGUGACAUCAAGGUCCUUGUUGAUGAAGGGGUACUAACGUCAGAUCACUUUAUCAAGCAUUUAGAUAGUGAUAGGUGGUUAACCGUUGAAAAUGCAGUGUCACCAUUGGCAGCUCAGAGUUUUCCGUCAAUUGUGUCUGAGACCGUAACUGAGCUGGUAAGUCCUCCAGAAGCUCCGGGUAAUCUUUUGGCAGAUACUGCAGAUAUUGUUCAAUCUGGUCCUGAGAAUUACACAGAAAUGCCGGCCUCCUCACUACAUCCACUGAUAUGCCCUAACGACAGUGUGUUUAUACCUGAACAUUUUGACGACACUCUCAUUGAUGAAAGAGUUAGAAAUCUGUUAGAGGGUUAUGAUGUCAUUCCUGGGAUGGAACUUGAGGCAAUAAAAGAAGCUUUGCAAAUGAAUUUUGAAUAUUCAAAAGGGGAGGGUUUAAGAGACUAUGAAGGUUUCCCUUGGCUUGUUUCCUGCCUUAGUGAUGAUAGUCAUCCCUGUACUGAUUUAGCAUCAAGAGAUUCUGAAUCUCAGUUAAGUAUGCCGUGUGGCAACGAUAAUGGAUUUGCCUUUGGUGUUUCUAGUGACUGGUUUUCCACCCGUUGGCCAUGCAAAGGUGGUGACUGGAAAAGGAAUGAAGAUGCCCAAGAUAGAUAUUCCAGGAAGAAACUUGUCUUAAAUAAUGGUUUUCCAUUAUGUCAAAUGCCAAAGUCUGGAUGUGAAGAUCCUCGUUGGCCUCAUAAAGAUGAUUUGUAUUUGCCAUCUCAAAACAGCAGGCUUGAUCUCCCUCUAUGGGCUUUUUGUGCUGAUGAGCGGGUUGAUUGCAGUCCUGUGAGCAGAUCAGUUCAAAUCAAGCCUGCUUCUGUGAGAGGAGUGAAAGGAAAUGUUCUUUCAGUGGUAAGGAUAAAUGCGUGCGUAGUCAAAGACCAGGGAUUAUUGGUCUCUGAGUCACGCCUCAAGACCCGAGGCAAGGAUAGACAUCAUUCAAGGUCAACUCGGCAUUUCUCGUCAACCGGUGAUAGUAAGAGAUCAUCAACUGAAGAAGAUUCUCUGUCAAAAGCUGCUAGUGAUCAAGGUUCCUGGCAGAGCAAGAAGUUCAUUAGCAUCCCUAAAGACCAUCUCUGUACUGUCCAUGAGUUACAGUUAAAUUUGGGCGACUGGUAUUAUCUUGAUGGUUCUGGGCGUGAAAGAGGGCCCUCAUCAUUUUCAGAGCUACAAUAUUUAGUUGAUAAAGGAAUUAUAAAGAAGCAUAGCAGUGUGUUCAGGAAAAGUGAUAAACUCUGGAUUCCUGUUACCUCUGCCACAGAAACUUCUGAUGUUAGUCUCACAAGCCAGCAAAAAAACAGUUCAACUUCUGGUGCAUGCUCUGGACUUCCAUCAAAGCAAACCCAAGGUUUUUCAUACGGCGAGCCUUACACAAAUUCAAGUUUGUUUAACAGCAUACACCCUCAGUUUUCUGGUUAUACUCGCGGAAAGCUACAUGAAUUGGUUAUGAAAUCAUUUAAGAGUCGAGAGUUUGCCGCGGCUAUAAAUGAGGUUUUAGAUCCCUGGAUCAAUGCAAGGCAACCAAAGAAAGAAAUGGAGAGACAAAUAUAUUGGAAAUCAGAAGGUGAUGUGCGUGCUUCCAAAAGAGCCCGGAUGCUGAUUGAUGAUAGUGAAGAAGAUAGUGAGUUGGACGAUGGUGAUGUUACUAUUGAGAAGGAUGAGCCCACUUUUGAGGAACUAUGUGGUGAUGUUACUUUCCCUGAACAAAAAAUUGGGAUUACUGAUUCAGAUGUGCGAAGCUGGGGCUUAUUGGAUGGUCGUAUUUUGGCACGAAUUUUCCAUUUUUUGAGAUCUGAUUUGAAGUCCCUUGUCUAUGCAUCAAUGACUUGCAAGCAUUGGAGUGCUGCUGGAUGGUUUUAUAAAGAAGUUACAAUGCAGGUCAAUUUGUCAUCCUUGGGUCAUUCCUGCACUGAUACCAUGCUGUGGAACAUCAUGAAUGCUUAUGAGAAAGACAAGAUUAAUUCUAUAAUUCUAAUGGGCUGUGUCAAUAUUACGGCUGACAUGCUGGAGAAAAUCCUUCUUUCAUUUCCUGCUUUAUGUACAAUAGACAUUAGAGGGUGCAGCCAGUUUGGAGAGCUAACUUCUAAAUUUGCCAGUGUGAAAUGGAUCAAGAGCCGAACUUCGCGCAUGACUAGAAUUGGUGACGAGCCUCAUAAAAUAAGAAGCCUUAAACAUAUUACAGAGCAAACUUCAUCUGUUUCUAAAUCUAGCAAUUUAGAUAUAGAUGAGUUUGGGCAAUUGAAGGAUUAUUUUGAUAGUGUGGAUAAGCGAGACGCAUUAUUCCGUCAAAACUUAUACAAGCGAUCCAAAUUAUAUGAUGCUAGACGGUCCUCCUCCAUUCUGUCUAGAGAUGCUCGUACAAGACGUUGGGCAAUUAAGAAAUCUGAAAGUGGUUUUAAGAGGAUGGAGGAAUUCCUUGCUUCAAGGCUAAAAGAAAUUAUGAAGACUAACUCCUGUGACUUUUUUGUGCCCAAGGUUGCCGAAAUUGAGGCUAAAAUGAAAACUGGCUAUUAUAGUAGCCGUGGGUUGAGCUCUGUCAAAGAGGACAUAAGUAGAAUGUGCCGUGAUGCAAUAAAAACAAAGAAUCGGGGUGAUGCUGGUGACAUGAAUCAUAUUAUCACUUUAUUUAUCCAGCUUGCAACACGGCUGGAAGAGAGUUCUAAGCCUGUGCAGGACAGAGAUGUGCUACUGAAGUCGUGGGACAAUUCCUCAAAGUAUAAGAAGAAUAGAUCAGUGAAUGAAAGGAGGUAUAGAAAUAAUGGAACACACAGUGGUUUGGAUAAUGUAGAGUAUACCUCUGAUCGAGAAAUCAGGAGGCGCUUAUCAAAGUUGAAUAAGAAAUCUGUUGAUUCAGAGAGUGAAACAUCUGAUGACUUUGAUAGGUCUUAUGAAGAUGGCAACAGUGACAGUGAUACAACCACCACCAACACUGAAAGUGAUCAAGAAGUACAUUCAGAAAGUCUUACCAGGGAGUCAAGAGGGAAUAAAUACUUCACACCUGAGGAAGAGUUGGAUUUUAUAACUGAUGACCGCGAGUGGGGUGCUCGCAUGACGAAAGCAAGUCUAGUUCCUCCAGUUACCAGGAAAUAUGAAGUCAUUGAUCAAUAUGUCAUUGUAGCUGAUGAAGAGGAUGUGCGUAGGAAGAUGCGGGUUUCAUUACCUGAUGACUAUGCUGAGAAGCUGAUUGCGCAAAAGAAUGGCACUGAGGAGUCAGAUAUGGAACUUCCUGAAGUAAAAAAUUUCAAACCUAGAAAGCAGCUUGGAAAUGAGGUUAUUGAGCAAGAAGUUUAUGGAAUUGAUCCUUAUACCCAUAAUCUUUUGCUUGAUUCUAUGCCGGAGGAGUUUGAUUGGUCUCUGCAGGAGAAGCAUUUAUUUAUAGAAGACAUACUCCUUCGAGCGUUGAAUAAGCAAGUUAGGAGUUUUACUGGAACUGGAAGCACUCCGAUGAGCUACCCUUUGCAGCCUGUUCUUGAAGAAAUCAAAAGAUGUGCUGAGGAGGACUAUGAUGCAACAACAAUCCGAAUGUGUCAAGGUAUCCUAAAGGCCAUUGACAAUCGUCCAGAUGACAAAUAUGUAGCUUAUAGAAAGGGGCUUGGUGUUGUUUGCGACAAGGAAAAAGGCUUUGACCAAGAUGAUUUUGUUGUGGAGUUUCUGGGUGAGGUUUAUCCUGUGUGGAAGUGGUUUGAGAAACAAGAUGGGAUUCGAUCUCUGCAGAAAGAUAGUAAAGAUCCAGCACCAGAGUUCUAUAACAUCUACCUUGAGAGGCCAAAGGGUGAUGCUGAUGGAUAUGACUUAGUUGUUGUUGAUGCUAUGCACAAGGCCAAUUAUGCCAGUCGGAUAUGUCAUUCUUGCCGACCUAACUGUGAAGCCAAAGUUACAGCUGUUGAUGGUCAAUACCAAAUUGGUAUUUAUAGUGUUCGUAAAAUUCAACAUGGUGAGGAGAUCACUUUUGAUUAUAAUUCUGUUACAGAGAGCAAGGAGGAGUAUGAAGCAUCGGUCUGUUUGUGUGGAAGCCAAGUAUGCCGGGGUAGCUAUCUGAAUCUGACUGGUGAAGGGGCUUUUGAAAAGGUUCUGAAGGACUCACAUGGGAUUCUUUAUCGUCAUUAUUUGAUGCUAGAAGCUUGUGAGUUAAAUUGCGUGUCUGAGGACGACUAUAAUGAUCUAGGAAGAGCUGGUUUAGGCCGUUGUUUGCUUGGAGGCCUUCCAGAUUGGCUUGUUGCUUAUGCAGCUCGCCUUGUGAGAUUCAUCAAUUUUGAAAGAACUAGACUUCCUGAGGAAAUUCUAAAGCAUAAUCUGGAAGAAAAACGGAAAUAUUUUUCAGAGAUAUGUCUUGACGUUGAAAAGAGUGAUGCUGAAGUUCAGGCUGAGGGUGUGUACAACCAAAGGCUUCAAAAUCUUGCUGUCACUCUCGAUAAGGUAAGGUAUGUUAUGAGAUGUAUAUUUGGUGAUCCACGGAAAGCACCACCUCCUCUUGAGAAGCUCAGUCCUGAAGCAAUUGUUUCCUAUCUCUGGAAAGGAGAGGGUUCAUUUGUUGAGGACCUUCUUCAGUGCAUAGCUCCUCAUGUGGAGGAAGAUAUGUUGAAUGAUCUCAAGUCCAGAAUUCAUGCUCGUGAUCCUUCUAGUUCUGCAGAUAUUCAAAAAGAGCUUCAGAAAUCCCUUUUAUGGUUGAGGGAUGAGGUCCGAAAUCUUUCCUGUGCAUAUAAAUGUCGGCAUGAUGCUGCUGCUGACUUAAUUCAUAUUUACGCAUAUACCAAGUAUUUCUUUAGAAUACGGGAUUAUCAAACGAUUACUUCCCCACCUGUUUAUAUUAGUCCACUUGACUUAGGUCCGAAAUACACUAACAAGUUGGGAGCAGAAUUUCAGGAGUAUCGAAAGACAUAUGGUGAAAAUUAUUGUUUAGGGCAGCUCAUGUUUUGGCAUAAUCAGAGUUAUUCAAAUCCAGAUCGCUGCCUGGCAAGAGCCAGUAGGGGUUGUUUGUCUUUACCAGACAUCAAUUCCUUUUACACCAAGGCUCAGGAGCCAUCAGGGCACCGGGUUUAUGGUCCAAGGACUGUCAGAUCUAUGCUGGCAAGAAUGGAGAAGCAGCCCCAGAGAUCUUGGCCUAAAGACCAAAUAUGGUCAUUCAGAAGUAGUCCGAUAUUCUUUGGUAGCCCAAUGUUAGAUGCUGUAAUAAAUAACUCCUCACUGGACAGGGAGAUGGUUCAUUGGCUGAAGCACAGACCUGAUGUUCCAGGCCAUGGUGGACUAUUAAAUUUUGGGAAGGGGACGGAGCGUACCCGUUGAAACAAGCCAUUCAGAGCUGCCUGCCUCUUUUAGCGUGGGGGUCUGUAAUUAUUAAUCCAAAGCGUUUAUUCCUUGUACUAUGUUUCCAGCAUUCUUGUGUACAGUUUUAUCGACCAUUGAAUUGUAAUUCAUUUGAUUUUUAGAGCAUUGUUUUACUCCUAUGUAACAUGAAAUCAAAGUUAGGAAGGAAAAAAAAAAGGGUUAAUUUGAGGUA